CGCGCGCGCGCGUGUUUGUGUGCGUGUGUGUGUCCCUUUACCUGCUGAGAAAUCAGAGAGAGUGACUGUCCUCCAUCCACAGUGGGAGGGAACAGCAGAGGAAGCUUUUGGAAAGGCAGCACGAGUCACAUUCUGAGCGCAGCGCAGCAGAUGCCAGACGUGUCUGCUGGAGCAUACAAAGUCAGAAAAAUAAUGUCAAGGAGAAAUUCAUACCAGAUAGACUGACACAGUCCCAUAUCCAAGGGCCUGUAAUGUUUCAUGCCUAGCUGCUUCUCACUGGAAGCCCAUGAAGGAUAUCUUCAAGGAUAUAUAGCAGGCUGGUGCUUUCAGAUCUGUGGACACUGAUGCCUGCCCCGAGACGCUUCCUGGUUGCCUCCACCUCUAUGCCACUUGAGAUGGGAUGGGGCUGGAAUAUAUGUGUGUAUCUUGGACUUCUUACCCUCCUUCUUCUGCUGAUGGGACUCCUGCUGUGGAUGGUGCUGAAGCAGCUAAGGAACUCUGUGGGAAAUACAGCUAUGCAGUCCGGCCGCUCAUUCAGGGAGCCACACUUUGGAAAUGGCAGAAGAUUCAGGUUCUAAGAAUGAAAACACUGUGGAAAAAUUGGGAUUUUUACUAUUGCAAGGAUGCAAAGUUCUGGGGGGAACGUACUUCUGAAAUUACUGUUCUGAGUGAUGCAGUGGACUGAAAAGUGGACUGGACAAAUGAAGACAGACUUAUUCAUUUAAAAUCGUAUUUGUCUGAGGGAUGACUUGAGUCAAUGAGUUGAACAGCCAUUACUAUUUUUAUUAACAAAUUUUUAUCUGAUUACAUGCUGUUUCCUUCAUAGAUUCUGCUGUAAACAGUUUUCCUUUGGCUUAUUUUAUUAUAAAUGUGAAAUAUUGCUCCUGCAAAUAGAUAUUAUUUAAUUUUUUGUCUUUAUUAUAAUAAUAUAGUUUAGAAAUACUUCAUCUACAGGUACUCGGUUUAAUGUCUACAUGAAUUCUGAUGUAAUUUUUUAUGACAUAGGAUGUUAUAACACUCUAUAUGAUAGAGACGUAUUUCAUCCUGCAUCUGCAGCAGUCCAGAUCUUAAUGGUGACAACAACAAGGUUUCUAAACAUGAUUUUGUUGAUGUCUAAUUAAUUCAAAGAUGCCAGAAUGUCAUUCCUGCCAAAGGCAGAUGUUCCUGAAAGAUGAAUCGCUGAAUGGCUGAGAGCUUUUAGUUAUCUGUGCCUCACUGUCAAACGUGAACUGUUUUGGCUAACCAUUAUGUUUUUCAAUAAGGUCUAUGUUGUGCUAAACUGCUUUGACUCUCUGUUCCACCUUAUUGUAAUGCCACAUCACAUUCUACACACACACACACACAGAGAAGUUCACACAAAACACAAAAAGUCAAUUAUAGGUUUAAUCAAUUAUUCAUCAAAAUGUAUUUCCAUAAAAGCUUACAAAUUAUGACAUCUGCUUUAUGGCUGACUGCAGGUGUAGCUCUCUAGCUCCUACAGGUGAUGAUGUUGCACUGGAUUAAAUGGGUGGAAUAAACUAAAAUAUUGUUUAA